GGUCGCUAAGGUCUGUAGUCAUAUUCAAUCUAACGUUGAGGAAUCCCCAUAGUUCACAAACGUUAUUAUAGGAGAGUUCGAACAGCGCUUGAUGAUAUAAUCAAUGUGACCCAAUCAAGUCUAUUACGAGUUGUGACGAUAGUAUACGUCAACAUUGACCUCAAAGGUAAUAUGGUCCACGUACCCAAAGUAGGUAGAGAUAAUCUCCCUUGUUGUCAUGUUAUUCGUGAAGAUCGACCAUACGAAACUAGGCAUAAUACUCGCCGGGAUAUAUUGCUCUGAGUGUUGCACUGCACUGGAUUUUUCAUCAUGGACAAGAGCAAGAUUCUUCAAACUGGCUUAACAUCCGGUAUGGCGGCGACCGCUGGGCUUCACAAGAGCAAGCCCAAGCGACCGGACCCAGAACAAGACGGCAGGAAUACUCUUCCGCAAUCUUCCUGUCCUGACGCAAGAUCCCGCGCCAAAUUUGCGACGGCAAAGGAUCCUUUCAUCGAGGCCUCGAACUUAUGCAUUGGUGCUUGGUCAUGGGGGGACAAGUCAACAUGGCACUGGAAAGACGAUGAAAUGCCAGCCUUGAAAGACGCACUCAAGUAUCUCCUUGAUAGUGGCAUCAAUUUCAUCGACACAGCCGAGGCUUACGGUGACGGCCGAAGCGAGGAAAUUGUCGGUGACAUGAUCGCCGAUCGACCGCGCGAUUCCGUUGUCAUUCAGACGAAAUGGCUUGGUCUCCCACUCGCCCCGAGUAACCUACUCCACCCAGUCGACGCACCUGUCAAAGCGCUCAAGGGCAGUUUGUCGCGUAUGAAGUUGGACUAUGUCGAUAUAUACCUAGUCCACGGCCACAUCCACGCGCAAUCGAUCCCUAAUGUGGCCAAGGGGUUGGCCGAAUGUGUGCACCAGGGAUUGGCGCGGGCCGUCGGAGUGGCGAACUACGCCUUUAACGACUUCGUACAUAUGCGCAAAGAACUUGCGAAGCACGGCGUGCCGCUCGCGACCAACCAAUGCGAGUACAACGUUCUCAGGCGAUACCCCGAGCUCGAGGGCCAUGUCGCAGCAUAUCGUGAGAUGGACGUUAUAUUCCAAUCAUAUUCAUCUUUAGCUCAAGGUCGGCUUACGGGAAAGUAUAACGCGGAACACCCUCCACCGUCGACCUAUCGCUUUAGUAAUUACGACAUGGAGAGCGUGGAACCGACGAUACAAGUAUUGGAGGAGAUUGCGAGAAAGAAGGGGAAAAGCGUCGCGGCUGUCGCGUUGAAUUAUAAUUUAAGUAAGGACGCGCUACCGGUAGUAGGCGUGAGAAACCCAGAGCAAGCAAGGCAAGCUGUCGAGGCCCUCGGGUGGAGGUUGGAUCGAGAAGAAGUUGAGGCGAUUGAUAAACAUAGCUUCGUGGGCAAGACAACUAUGCUGUGGCAACAAGGUUAAGGAAACUGUAAGACUUGGGUUAUUGUUAUUUUCCACUUGAGAAGAAUGUGGAUUGAUAUGUUCAUUGU